AGCCUCGGACGCGUCGCUGCCGGUUGCCAGGCAACGGCGGCAUCACCGUGGCGGCGCUUCCGCUUCCGUCGGGGCGGGAGGGGCGCACCGGGGCCGCCGCCAUGGGGCGGAAGAAGAAGACUCUGCACGACUACGCGGCCGAGUUCUCGGAGCUGGCGGUGAAGCGGCACCUGCUGGAGCGCGGCGCGGCCGGGGAGGCGGCGGUGGUGGAGACUCUGUACUGCACCUCCUGCCAGCUGCCCAUGCGCGUCCGCCGCGACCGCAUCCUCGAGCACCUCUCCUCCGGCCGCCACUACCGCAACCGCCGCCUGCUCCGCCAGCACGGCCUGCGAGCCCCGCUCCUGCUCUCUGCAGGUCCGGAGGUCGGUGCCAGCCACCCGCUGCAGCUGGACCCCCCCUCGCUGCUCUCCCAGCCCUCCUUCCUCCUGGCCGCCAGCGCCGGCAGCAGCACCGGCUACGGCACGGCCCCUUCGCCGCCCUCCUGCCACAAGCCGCCGGUCCCCCAGCAGCCGCUCCCCGCCUCUAGCUCCCCCGCCGCCGCCGUGGCCGUGCCCAGGGAAGACCCCGCGCCCUCCACCUCCGCCAGCCGCCCCGCGGCGCUCUCCACCUUCCACAUGAGGCUGGCUGCCGGCCCCUCGCAGCAGGCUGCCCACCGCGGGGCUGCCCCCGAGGCUUCCCGCAGCCCGGCGCCCGCCCCGCGGCACUGCGGCAGCGUCGGCUUGGCCCUCUUCGGCGUCGGACUCCUUCAGAAAGCCUCCUUGCGGAGCCUGGUGGAGGAGAGCGGCUGCUGCCUGCUUUACAUCGUGGAGGAGCAGCUGGAGGAGGUGCAGCGAGCCUUCGACUGCCAGUUCCUGGCUGGCACCAGGGUGCUGCGGCAGCAGGACGCCGAUGUGGCGCUCAACGACCAGCGAGUCUCUGGAGCCAUCAUUUGCUCACCACCUGAGGAAGCCUCUGAGAUCGUCAUCGAUGCUCUGCGAGCAGGCAAAGGGGUGCUCUGUGAGAGGCUGCCCAGCGUGGACAGGCAGAGGGCAGAAGCUUGCUUUGCUGAAGCUGAGAGAUGUGGCAGACCCUUGGUGUGUGGCUUCUACAAGCGUUUUGACCCAGCACUGCAGUUCCUGUACAAGAAGGUCCGUGAGGGCCAGGCGCUGGGCAGGAUCCACCGCAUCUCCACCACCAGCAGCAUCUACCCAGCAGCAUCCCUCAGCUCCCUGAAGGCAUCAGGUGGGAUCUUCUACAACGCUGCCGUGCACGAUAUCGACAUCACCAGUUUGUUACUGGGAGAGAGGGCACCAGACACAGUGUUCUCACUGGGGCAUGCCUUCUGUGAAGAGGUGGCCCAGGUGCAGGACGCAGACACGGCCGCGGUCAGCAUGCAGUUCCCUAGCGGAGCCAUUGCCACCCUGGACAUCAGCCAGCACUGCACCAGGACCUGCGAGCACAGGCUGGAGGUCCAGGGGUCUCAGGGAGCCUUACGGGUGGACAAUUGGAAUCCCCUGGGGAUCACGGAGCGCGGCACCACGGCCCCCAUCUGCUCCCAGACGCAGGCUGAUCGCUACAGGGAUGCUCACAGGGAACUCUUCCGACACUUCCUGAGAACCCUGCAAGGCAAGGAGCCCCCCGUGGUCACCAAAGAGCAGUUCCUCUGGACCCUGCAGGUGGCUGCAGCUGCUGAGCAGUCCUGGAGGAGCGGAGCUGCUGUCGCCCUGCGCGGCGAAGCCAUCGCCCCAGCGGCCGUCAAGACUGAGGCUGUGUGACAGCUCCUGCGUCCCGAGGGGAGGGACAGGGUGAGCCCUGCCCACCCAGCCACGGCUCCACUGUGACCUUGCCACAGGACUUGUGGUUUUGGCCUUCCUGCUGGGAAUGCCCAGAAGAUGAGGGGGGGGUUGGCACUUCUGGACCAGAAGCAGUUGGCACUGAGGGUUUGUAGUGCACCAGACAGAGCCCCCGGGGGAGUCUAGGCAGCUCUUCCUGCUGGGCAGCUCUGCUGCCCUGGCUGAAGGUGAUGCUCCUCAGGCUGUGGUGGGAUGGUGCAGACCACCACCAGAGCAUGCCUGGUCCAUGCCUGCUUCCCUUUGGUGCAGGCAGUGGCCUCUAUCCCGAGCUCACCUCUGGCCUUCUCUUUAUUGUUUGGGUUGCUGUUUUGGCCGAGGGUUUUGAGUCUUUUAGAACAGAAGUCAGGGUCUUGAGUUUCUUCAAGGUGGGGAGAGGCCAUGCUAAAAGCAGGGGAGGAGAGGGCCACCCAGCCUGGCACGACAGAGACUUGGCAGGGAGGCUGUGAUCUGGGCUGUUCCUGGAGCUGCAGCACGCUCAGGAAUGAGCUCUAUGUGGUCACAGAGCUGCCAGGUGUGGCUGAACAGGGCUGUGCAACAUCUGGCACCAGCAGAGGUGCCUGCUGAGGGGGUUA